UCAGCCAUUUCGGCGAACUUCGGAGACGCUCGGAAACACCUCGUCGCUUUCGAACUCCGGGACUCACUUGAUCAGCGAAGUAAAACUUCGACGGCCGGAGCUGCGUGUCGCUAUCUAUUUAUCCUUUUACACCUGACGGAUACGAAAAGUCGUGGAAGACAUACAGUCACGGAAGGCAGACCCAACGGCACCAAUCUAAAGCCCUCUGGACGUUCGUGUAUGCCUCGGGAAUGCAGUGACGGUAGUUAAACAACAUCGUUCAGAAGGUACUGCAACACUAUCACUCCCUCGGCACGCACCUUUCUUGAAGUAAACUUCGGGAUAAACAGCUGCUGCUGGAUAAAUUACAAAUAAUAAUAAAAUGGCGACCGGGGGGUUUAGAGCGCCAAACACUACGACUGAUUUCUUGGAAGAAUGGAAAGCAAAACGGGAAAAAAUGCGAGCAAAAAUGCUUGGGGAGACGGCGCCAGGAGCUGCGAGUAGCGACUCGACGAAGGGCUCCGGGGGGAGAGGCGCGGGCAGCGGCGAACUAACCAACAAUGGCAACCCAGAACGCGCUUCUCUUAACUGUGUCUCUCACCCCCCGGCUGCUGCAGUUGUUUCGGCAGUUUGUGCCACCUCUACGCCCUCUGCCAUGGUCCGCUCACCUUCCUCCUCUGCCCUCAGAGCAACGGACGACGAGGCGCAUCGGACAACAGAAUCUCCAGGGAUGAACGCCAAGAAACCCCUUGGCACUCCUCAGCCAGACAGUAGCCCGGCAAGUGUUGCUCACGAAAGCGACAAAGAAAGUUCUCCAUCGCCAGCCGCUAAAGGCAAGGAAAAGAGCAAGAACACCGGCCCGAGCGCCAGGAAGGGCAAAGGGCAGAUCGAGAAAAGGAAACUUCGUGAGAAGCGCCGGUCCACAGGGGUUGUCAGCAUACCAUCCAAUGAGAGUCCUGAUGAGUUUGAUGAUGAUGAUGCAGUACAAAAAGAAAGGAAGAGGGAAAAUGCACUUACACAACAGAAUACCUUGCAGAAUGAGACACUCUCUUCUGAUCCAAAUUCCAGCCAUAUAUUUCAGGAUACAUCUAGAACAUCUACUGGCAGAUUUAAAAGCACAGCUACUGCACCUCCUGAUGAUGAGAUUUUGGGCAAUUCCAGAUAUUCAUCCCGUGGAGACAGGGCAGGAUAUGGAAGACACAAUAGAGAACAAAAUUCAGCAACAGCUAGUGCUACAUGGGCAUUGGAAAAGAAAAUUGAGGAACUAGAAAAGGAGUUGGCUAACGAAAGACAAGAAAAUGCACGGCUGCUUAAAGCACACCAGGACAAAGAUGAGCACAUCAUGAAGCUGAAAGAUGAGAUCGAUUUGCUCAACAGGGACCUUGAUGAUAUAGAAGAUGAAAAUGACCAACUGAAGCAGGAAAACAAAACGCUGCUUAAGGUUGUUGGCCAGCUAACAAGGUAGAGCCAGUCUGUCUCAAAAGGAGACUCUGUCUGACAAGUUGUCUUUUGCCUUUUACAUCCAUAUUUCCAACAAAAUUAUUUCCUUGUGUGUAUUGUCAGAAAUUCCAUGUAUUAAAGGACACACUUGUGAAGAGAGUGCAUUUAUUUUAUCUUUCAUAUCAAGUGUUUUUGUUCUUUGUAUUUAUCUUAUCAUGAAAUGUCAGCUGAAUAAGAAAAAUGCCACAUUGUUUUGUUGAUUUCCAAAGUUUCCAGAUAAAAAAAAACUUUGAAUGUAAAUGUAUUGUACAUAGGACCAUUUGUAAGAGCUAUAACCCUAAUCAAAUGCCCUUUACAUUCCACAUACAAAGCUCCUUUUGAUAUUUUCCAUAAAACCAGAAAUAAAAAUGUAAUGCCUUAAACAUGCUGAAUAAAUUGUAGUCACAGUGUAAAUCUUACAAUAAUGGAUGCUUUCAUAAUUUAAAGUAAGGGCUUAAAAACAUGAAAGUUUGGGCAUCUCUCUAAAUUAACUCGUUUUUUUUUCCAUACAAAGUAAUCAUUUCAAUAUUUGAAUUCAUACAUCAUCUUCACCAGUUAAUGAAUUCUGGAGCAUUUAUUAUCAGACUGUUGUUUUCUGUGUAAGCAGUUACUGUAUGGAGGGGGUUUACAUUUGGCUAAAGAUAACAUUACAGAGUUUUAAGAAAAUUGCUGGUGGCAAGAAUAAUUUCCUUUGAAGGCAUUUUAAACAUGAUUUGUUUUUUUGUUUUUUAAGACAAUGUAAAUUAAACUAAUUUUAACCAGAAAAUAGAAUAUUUUGAAAAGAUGUGUGUUUUGGAAUUGCCAGGACUCUUUUAAGGUCUUUCCAUUGUUUUUCCACCUUAGACAAUUUUAAUGCAAAAAUAGUUACCUUCCAUUUAAUUCAGCCUAGAAGUAGCCAUCAUAUUCUUCAGCUUGUAUCUUUAGCAAACAAUCACUUUUUAAUGCAAAUGACAGAUGAUGUAUUUCGUGAUAUUCAUUCCAGUAUAUGAAUGGAACAAUGCUGGUGGUUACUGGUCAGAAUGAAAAGGGUGUACAUUAUUUACUGAUUUGUAUUUACUCUGACUACUUUCUCUUUUGAUUUCUGUUAGAAAA